AUGAAUUUGGCUAUUGUUUUAAUAACUUUACAUUCAGAUGCAGGAUUGCUGAGAGACCUUUCUCAAGGAUCUGUAGCUGAAAAUAAACUCCAUAUUCUUGCUGAGAGGCAACGUCAGGAAUUAAUGCAUGCAAUGCGAUUUAAUAAAGCACAAGCCAUUGUCUACUGCACUUGUUCAGUUUAUCCAGAAGAAAAUGAAGUAGUGGUGAACAAAGCACUGGAAUCUCGAGUGGAAGGAAGUAAAGUACAGCCUUAUAGGCUCAGUCCUCCUCUGUGGUGCAACUCAGAAAUAGAGGGCCCUUCUGAUAUUUUUUUCAAAAUGGAACCCUCAGAGAUUUCCAAUUGCUGUUUUUUAGCUGUUUUAGCAAGACAGAGGGAUCCAGCUGAAGUAAUGUCUAUAAAAGACAUUUUGGCUCGUGCUGCAGCAAAGGGACUACUAGAAGGUCUUGAUAUAGGGAAAUCAUCAAAGAGAGAAGAGAAGAGGAAGAAAAAAUCAAAAGUAACACAGCAAAGAAAUGUUCCUAAAGAUACUGGGGUACAAACAAACAUUGUGGAGUUCCUGAACCGAGAAAUGAUAUCUAUUAAUACUAAUUCUGAAGUUUCACCAAUUAAAGCAAUUAGUGGUGUUCCACAAAAAAAUGUGAACCAAACCAACAGUUCCAUUCAAUUGAAGAAAAUUACCAAACCCAUCUCAAACUCAUCCCUGCCAGGAAUGCUGAAGAACACACCCAAUCUGUCAUCUAUGAGUAAGGAGUUUGAGAGACGGACACACAUUAGAAAGCCACGGGCAGAAGAUAAAAUGGUUGUACUGAAACCUGUGGAGAUAAUUCUGCCUCCAGUAAUGGUGCCAUACUUCAAUCCACAAGGGAACAAAUCUCAAAUUUCGGCUCAACAUUACUACUAUCGCUGGACUGGAAUAAAGAGCUCAGCACGUGACUUAUUUAUACCUUCUUUAUCCAAAAGAUUUGUCAAACCGAAAGAAACUUUACCUUCAGCUAUGGUUAAGCAUCCUCGACCAUGGAUUUGAAAAUGGAUUUUGGUAACUGGUUCAUAGCUAUUUCUUCAAAGUUUGAAAUUAUAUUUCUAUAAUGUCAGAGUAUAUCUGUGCAGGCCACUACUUACUUUAAGGGAACAUUUAUAAUUAAUACCCUUUUCAUGGCUAUUAUGGCAAUAGCAGGGGGACAUUUUGCAAAAGAGACUAUUAUGUAGUUGUUUCAGUCCAGCUAUUCAAUUCAGAACGUCAAAAUGCACAUAAAGUAGUAAUUACAACAGCUUAUUCAAAUCCCUAGGGAGUGAGCUCAAAAGUUUUAUAGCUAAUUGCUAAUCAGUAGAAUGUGACAUGUAGAAAGAAGGCAUGUUUCAACAACCUUCUGUACGUAUUUGGGCAUACUUACUUUCAGAAGUAAUCUUUGCACUUUUUUUCAGUGGUCUAAAAGUUCACAUAGCAACAAUGAAAUUAAAUGCUUACAAUUUUCAGCUACCAUCUUGUUGAAAAGUAUCAUUAAUUAUGACUAUGGCAUAUGGAAGUGGAUCAUCAAAAUUGUUAGCCAGCCCAUUUUUUGUAAAAAUGGCUCUGGAUUUUUCACAUGCUUACAUUGUAUGUACUUGUGUUGAACAUUUUGUGUGCAGCUGGGGAGCACACGGAUGCCUCAGUUCAGUCAGAUGUGUUUUAAUAAGCAGCAGAGGAAAUUCUGUUAAAAAAGUUCAAUAGAAAAAUUCAUUUUAAAACUAGACAGGUAUUUUGAUGCUAAAAUGAAUUCUGAAUUAUAAAUCUGACACACCACAGUGCUGCCAUGGUUUAUAGAAAUCAUAAUUGUCAGCCUAAUGGCGGCUGGUAAAAGGAAGCUCAGAUGCUGCUUUUCAUGAAACUGCUUUCUAUUAGUGGUAACAAUUCAGAAAUGGUGAAAGUGCUUCUUAUUCUGCAUCUCUACAGGUGAUAAAUGUCAAGCCAAAUAGGAACACUUAAUACCAAUAUUAUUCAUCUGAAUAAUGACAGCAAGUUUUUGGUUUACAUUUACAUGAUUUUAACAAUUUCCUUUGAAACAUCGGUGAUUGAGGGUGGAAACGAUAAACAGGAUUUCUAGUUAUAUGUAAAGAUCAGGUUGCAAGUUAAACUGUAUACUGUUUAAAAUGAUUUAUAUUAACUGACAAUCAUUUCUAUCUACAUUUAAUAUGUGGUUACAGCUUACUAAAUAUACUGAGAUGUCAAUCUAUUCAAAUAUUUAACUUUUAUGAAUCUAGAAUUAUUUAAUCACAUUCUCAGUAGUUUGUGUACCAACUUUUUUAAGCAAGAUGAAAUAAGGUUCUCUUAACCAUAGGACAUCUUAACCCUGAAAUUCAAGAGGAAUUUCAGAACUUCCUUCCUGUUUGAAAUGGUUAGUGGAUAUUUGUAUGCAGAAUUGCUCUUACUGACUUGAGACAUUUAACCCAACUAGCAACUUCAGAAGUAUUAUGCAACAGAUUUUUUAAUAGGAUUGGUUUUAUUAACUCUCUCUUUUAAACCAGAAGUGUUUACUUCAUAAAUAUUAAAAGUAAGAUUUUUUUUUCCCCUAUUUCACUUGGGUCCAUUGUAUUGGUACCUCUACUAAACUGUCCUAGUUCUCAAAUAAAAUAAAGUAAGAAGUAUUAGUGUGUCUACAUUCCAUAUUCAGUACAGAGAAUCUAAAGCAGAGCUAGACAAAUGCGGCUACUUUGACAAGGGUUUGAUGAUUCAGAGAGAA